UUCCAGCGAGAUUAUUUACUGGAUACCUUUUACGGCUAUAACAUCCGCGGUGACCGCACAAUGGACCUCGUUCUUAUUGAUGAAGUCGAUUGCAUGUUGCUCAAUCGCGGCAACAAUGCGUUCUAUCUGUCGCACGAAAUCCCUGGCAUGGAGAUGCUCGAAUCUCUGUACGUUUUCAUUUGGGAGAAGAUACGCAGCUCUUCAAUCGGCUUGGAUAAGCUAGCAGUACGAGAAUCAGUUAAAUCUGCUGUUCUCUACGACUUGUAUGGUGCUAUAACUAAAGACGAUUUGGAUUCCAUUUCCGAUUCCCUGAAAGACAAGCCAUCGGAAAAGAAUGCACUAUGGGACCACUUAGUUGAAACAAGAGUCAUCGACUCACAGGGACAUUUGUUGAUGGAAAGCAACACUGAAAACAUCAAAUUUGAACCACAAAUGGAUCCCAAGAUUCAGUUUUAUCUUCGUAGCGUUGCUAAACGCAAACGGAAUAUUCAAAUACCUACGCAUUUGAUGUCAUUUGUCGAACUUCAUGUUGACACUUGGAUAAAUAAUGCCAUGAAAGUAUUGGAACUCCAACGUGACGAGGACUAUGUCGUCGAUCAAGACCGAACAGAUACCAGCCCACAUCUCAAUCCUCAGGUGAUUAUAAUCGACAAAGACACGGGGAUCGACCAGAUCUCGUCGCAAUUGGAUGGAGCCCUGCAUCAGUUUAUUCAGCUAAAAGAAGGCUGCAAGUUGACGUCACAAAGUCUAAAAGCCAUUUUCGUUUUUAACGCGACAUAUUCCCAAACUUACGUAAAGGUGGCAGGAGUUUCAGGUACUCUGGGAUCCGAAACAAAACAAUUGUUCAUGCAAAGCAAAUACAAAAGCUGUCAGUUUGUUAUUCCGACAGCUUUCAAGAAACGUUUCUACCUUAAACCGACGCAAGUCUUUAAAUCAAAGGACCACUGGCUCCAUGCCAUCGUCAAAGAAGCACGACAGAUUAUUCUUCCUGGCCCUCAGAAGAAAUCUCGUUCCAUUGUCAUCUUUUGUCAAUCAAUCAAACAUGUAAACAGUGUUCACAGUUAUCUGGAAAACAAUCUGAAGUCGGAGCUCAAAGACAACUUUAUCCAUUGCUACACACGUGAUUAUGAGAAAUUUGCUUUCGAAGGCCAAUCCCUUGAAGUUGGUCACGUGAUCAUUGCCACCAACUUAGCGGGUAGAGGUACAGAUAUCAAAAUAAGCGACGAAUUGAGAGACAACGGAGGUCUACACAUUUGUCUGACUUUUUUGCCGAGAAACGAGCGGAUUGAAAAACAAGCGAUGGGCCGUUCAGCUAGGAACGGAGCACCUGGAAGCGGAGUCUUCCUCUUGUGCGAAGAAUUGUCUUCGGAAAAUAAAUGGGGUGCCGAAAAAUGGUUAAGUAUGAAAGAAGAGCGUCACUGGAAAGAAAGCCUGCGGAUAUCCUGUUUAAAAGACAAUUUUUUUUGCAUAGAAAAAGAACAAAAUUUAUUUGAAGAAUUGUUGAAUUAUUACACUAUACUGAAACGAGAAUUAAAAAGCCAAAAACGUGAAGAUCAGGAAAUUAAAACAAUUUCCGACAGUGUGCUAGACAAAUGGGCUUUGUGGCUUGACCAAAGUGGCGACCAAGUGUUAUCCUAUACCGAAUAUUAUUUUAGUAUGGAUAUUCUCGAUAAUGUUCGUGCUGCACUUGGAUUGCCAGAACUCAAAACGACAGACACUAGUUGGAUGACCCCAGUUCGUUCUCUCGCCUUGGCCAAACAUCUGGCUGUACAAAAGUCAUCUCAGUCUCAGUCGACGGCAGUUGAAAUUCUGAAUCGAGUCAUUGCUUCAAAGGAUAGUUCUUUGUAUCCAGCUGCUCAUUACUACCUUACUUUCAUUUUGUUUGAAGAGGAUUUUGAGGAUAACCAAAACAAAUUCAUUCAAAUUUUGCAAGCGUGUGAAACUAUUUUGAACAAUCACAUAAACAUGCACUUGUCCUUUUAUCGCAAAGUCACCCAUGCAGCGCCUGAGCAAACCCCGUCGUUCUGCGUCGUCGACGCCUAAAAACAGCAAAAAAACAAUAUGGUGAAGAUCCUCGAAUAUUUCAUCGGUUCCGUCCGGGCUUUACUUGGCAGUAAUGGCUUCAGGAUAUCUUUAAGAAAUCAGAAAGAUAUCAUUGAAAUGUCUUUAGGAAAUCUUUAAGAUGUCCAAAA